UUGCGUUGAAUGGCAACUACUACAUCUACUUCGAGUCCUUCAACAUCUUCUACAUCUAGCUCGUCGAACUGUCGUAUUGAAGAAGGCGAGUUAGAGCAGAAACUAUUUAAUGUCUAUAAUGAAGAGGUGAAGAUGUGCGAUAGCAAUGGACAGAGUACUCAACAUAUAGGAGACGAAUGGAUGAGGCGUGAGAUUCGCAGAAUUUGCGGCUUCGAUGUCUCUGAUCGGUGGAUUAAUUUGUUUCGGAAGAAACAUGGAAUCCGAUACUUUAGUGGACGCCGCCACGCCGACAAAAAGGAUAAGACGAUAAUUCUGUCGGCGUUGGAUGUAACAAAGAUGAAGACGACUAACUUUCUGAAGAAACGAAGAAUAUUGCGAACGAGUCGAAAGGAAUAUGCUGAUGUGGAUUUACAAGUCAAUAAAGAAAUCGUGAGACGCCAAAAUAAAGGCGAGCGUCUAACGAAUCCAUGGAUCAAGGAGUAUGCUCAAUAUGUUGCCUAUCAGUUGCAUCCAGAAAUACCGGAUAUUGCAAAAUUUUUUGAUGCAAACUGGCUUUACAGAUUCAAACGUCGUUACUGUGUCGAGUUAAAGCCAAGAAGUCCAGAAGAAAAUACAAGAUCAACGCCACAAACAACGUCCAACGAGGACAUAAAAUCAUCAGCCACCUCAAUGGAAGUGGUUACAUCUCCUAACUAUUUAUUUCCACAUCACUAUUUCAAUUUAUUCGACCAAAAUGGGUGUGGUGCUUCUAUAGUUAAACAAGAGCCGACGAGAGAAAAUUAAAAGUGGAUGACGAAACAAUGAUGACUCAUAUCUUUUACUUUUACUUUAGUUAAAUAGUAUCAAUAUUGUGAUAGAACUGACCGGUUGCUUGCAUAUUCAAACUAUAAAAAUGAAUUUGUUUUAAAAUUACCAGAAA